AUGUGGAGCGACGAUGAGUUGCUGAAAUUUGCAGCGAAUGUCGAAUCAAUAUCGAAUUCGCAUUUUGUGAUCUCUUGGCGAAAUGUGACCGAGCUGAAAUUCACCAAAUUGACAAUAAUCGAAGAUUCGAAAAUUCGAAUUUCGAAUAAUCCCGAAUUGAUUCGUUUGAGUUUUCACAAAAAUAUUCAAAGUUUUAACACUUCUCUUCAAUUCUAUGGAAAUCAAAAAAUGAAGCGGAACGAAACCGUCGUGCUGAAAUCGCUUUGCACGGCGAUUUGCGAGUAUUCUGAAGGAAGAAAAGUGAUGACGAAAAAUUACAUUCGGCCGCCAGAAGAGCUCGAUUAUCGUCGAAUUUUGCGCGAAAAUGACGCGGGCCUCGUUUUUUUCACAAUUGGCGUCGUGUUCAUUUUCGCCGCCGUCGGAAUCGGCAAUUAUAUUCGAUUUGCGCGCACUUCCUAUGGAUAA